AUCGUCGGCGCGAACAACACGCGAGCGGUGGGAGCGUCACCAGCGAUUCUUGCUGCUACGCAGCAUUCAAUGCCUGCAAUAUUAUUCUGAAACGUCUGGAGCCUUACAAGACGACAAACCAAACUUGGCUGGAGUUGGUGCAGGCGGCAUACAAUGACUUCGUGGAUCUGUCGGCUUUUUUCAUGGAAAAUAAAUCUGAUCUCACCUAAUAUAAGAUUUAUGGAGUCUCGGUGACAGAGGUGGAAAUGGAUGUGCUUACUGGGCAAAAACAGGUCCUGCGGGCGGACAUCCUGCAGGACCUCGGCAGGAGCAUCAGCCCGGAGGUGGACAUCGGCCAGAUCGAGGGCGCGUUCGUGAUGGCGAUGGGCCUGUGGCUGACCGAGGAGCUGGUGUACGACGCCGAGACGGGGCAGCUGCUGACGGACCGCACCUGGUACUGCAGGCCACCAGGACCUAAAGACAUACCAAUAUAUUUUCGCUUGGAGCUUAGAAGGAAUUCACCAAACCCAGUCGGAGUCGUCAGCUCUAAAGCCAUGGGAGAGCCCCCGAUAUGCAUGAACGCUUCCAUCUACCUGGCCUUGAAGAAUGCGUUCCUCGCCGCCAGGGUCGAAGCUGGCGCUGGAGACGAGUGGUUCGCGCUAAAUACACCAGUCACAGUAGAGAAGCCAUACUUGGCAAGUUUGACGUCGUCAGACCAGUUCUCCUACUGACAUUCGCUGCUCCACGAUGCAUAUAUUCACGCACACUAGCUGAUAAUAAUACAUGUAAUGUUUUGAUUUUUAUCUGGUAGAAUAUUUGGUGUAAGGUUUAGUUAUAAAUGUUACGGAAAUCUAAUUGUAGAACUGACUAUGAAUAAACGCUGCAGUUUAAU